UGAUGUUGAAUCAGCAUAGACAAUAUUUCACAGAAGGAUUAAAAUAUCACAAAAAUUGUAAAAGCUUAUACGUAGAAGAUUUUUGGGUAGAAGUACAACAUUUAGAAAAGACUGCAGGUGCCUCACUUCCAAUUGCCAUGGAAAAAUAUAAAAACCUCAUAAAACGUUUUGAAGGUGAUAUCGAAUUUCAUUUUAUAUUACUAGACAGAGCAAUAAAAUUAAGUGCAGUUAGAGAACUGCAAUGUAAUAUUGUCAGAGAUAUGGUCAGAAAGUAUAGACAUAGUGAACUAAUGUGGCAAAAAUUAGCUAAGAUUCAUUUUGAUGGUUUUAUCUAUCAUCGAGAAACUGAGCAAUUACAUUAUGAUAAAAAUUAUAUUAGUGGUAUAAGAAACUGCAUUAAAACAUAUGAAGACGGAUUAAAAGAAAAUUUACCUUUAAAAAAUAAACAUAAGUUAUGGAACUUUUAUAUUGAUCAUAUUAUAGAAAUUCGGAAAUCUUAUCGCAUGAAAAAAGAAACAAUAAGAAAUUUUAUGAAUGAAACUAUGGAGCGAGCCUUUGAAGAAGCACACGAUAACAAAGCAUUACAUAAAUCUGAACAUUAUAUUUAUUGGGCUAAAAACACAAAUAUAGACUGUCCUAGAAUUCUGAAAAAAGGAGUUGAAGUGAUAGAAGAUAGUGUAGAACUUUGGAUUACUUUAUUAUCAUAUUAUUUGAGCUACGACAGUCUUGAAAUGGGCAUUGAAGCUUUUCAAGCAGGUGUUCGAACUUUGGCAAGCAAAUCGAUGCCUUUAUGGAAAAUUCUAAUUUUAUAUUUGGGGAACACUCAUCCAAAAUUGCUCCAACAAUUAUAUCAUGAAGGCUCACAUUUUCCAUUCCCAGACAUUAAUUUUGUAAUCAGGCCUGAAUAUUUGGAAUGGAGUGUAGUUCACAAUGGAAUACUUUCAACUCGUGAAUUAUUUAUUGAACUUAGAGACAUACAACCAGAAUGUAAACAGUUGUACACAACCAUGAUUUCAUUUGAACUCACUCAAAACUCAGGAGUGUGGUCUGACUGCAUUCGUUUUGAAUACAAGUAUGGUUCUCAUAAAUUAGUGAAAGAAAUUUAUAAGGCAUCAUUGCUGUGUUUAGAACCAGAUUUAAGGAAUGGUAUGACGAAAGAGUUUGAAAAACUUAAGGAGGAAUUUAUGGAAGACGAUCCUAAAGAUGGAGGAGUUAAUGUUAUUGAUGAUGACGAAUAAUUUUAUAGUUAGGAAAAAAUUACAUAGGUGUGUAUUUAUUUUAUUUAUAUUCAUAUUCUAAGUAAUUUGUAAACUUAAUUUUUUUUAUG